AUGUUGUCCACGAUACUCCGCGCAUCAAGGAUACAGACCUCGAGGUCUUCAAUCGCUGCUUUUUCGACGUGUAGACCGCUACGCCAGCAACCGAUCUAUCAACCACCCACGCCUUCAGAACCGGAUAACCCGCAUCGCGCAUUCUACAAAUCCUUUGGCCGUCCGAUUGCAAAAGUCUUCUUCAUGGCUCUCUUCACAUAUCAAGUACUACACUACACCUGGAUGAGACUGGAAGCCAUGGAAGAAAAAGAGGAAAUGACUGCAGAGCUGCAAGGGUUGGAGGGUCAGUUGAGGCAUUUGGCAAAGUCGACAAAGAAGGCUUGA